CAAUACUUCAUUUAAUUCAUCUCUGAUGUUUUCCUAAAUACGGGUUCGUUGUUGAUCACUGUCAGCAAAAACACAUCUUGGAUUACCGAGGUAUAAAGUUUUCAAAUCUUUGAUUACCAAGAUAUGAAUCGAGGUUUUCACAUACUGGAUAACAAAGGACAUAGGUAGAACCUACCUGUUUAGCCCAUAGACGCAACAAUGUGGAAGCUAUUAUUUGUGGCCUGUUGUUUAUCGUUUUGUAAAGCAGAUAAACCAUGGUGUGGAGGCACUAUCUGGAAGGAAACAGAUGUCCAAAAUUUGGCACUUGGGAAACCUGCUUCCCAAUCCUCAUCCUCGGCAUUAAAUGCUGGUCUUGCUGUCGAUGGUGUAGAGGAUGGCGAAUACAACCAUGGCUCAUGCACCCAUACUCACAUGACAACCAUGAAUUGGUGGAUGGUUGACUUGCAUGAUAUUUAUCCAAUUGGAUCCGUCAAGCUGAUUAACAGGCAAUGUGGCGAAAACAAUUGUGGAAGUCCUCCAACCGAUUAUGAACCACUAGUAGAAGAUCAUCUUCAAAAUUUCAAAAUUGAAGUCAGCAAAGACUCAAAAAAGUGGAAAUUAUGUACCUACUUCAGAAGUACAUUGGAAUCUUGUAAAAAAGGCUGUCAGAUGUUUUACUGUCCAAGUGGAUUGAGGGGGCGCUAUGUGAGGAUUCAGCUGCAACACAGGGAUUUAUUAUAUCUAUCACUCUGUGAAGUUGCUGUUUUUC